AUGACUGUCGAGUCCAAGUACGACGUAAAAGACGACUCUCCCUCGUCGGUGAAGACCUUAGCGACUCCCAGUUCGGUAGCUGAGGAUGACGGCGUUUCGGUGACCACGUCUGACAGGAGUACGUCCCAACCGAGAAAGCCGUCACCGAGUAGAGACGGAGAUUGCUUUGAACAUCACGGAGUUGUCCCUGUACCGACCCAUAUGCGUUGUGAUAACGUGAGAAAGCGUAUGCACAACUUGCUUCAGUUCAAGUAG